CGUGUCAUGCAAAAGACCGUUUGCUCCUGAGGUUAUCAGAACUUGAGACACAGUGCUUGAGAACUCAAGUGCGCGGGCGGGGGUCAGCCAGCCAUGGCAGUCGCUGCAAUGAGCUACUGCAGGCCUUCCCCAUUUCUGGGCAAAUACCCACCUCAUUUUCACUUGGGAAAAUCGCAACCCCUGAAAGCUGGUCAGGCAUCGAGAAUUAGUGCACUAUUUUGGGGAGCCAGGAAAUCUGCAGAGCCACAAGAAAUAGAGAUAAGUCUUUCACUUGGGGAUUUCACUUUGACAGCUCCAGGUUCACAGAAAGAGGGAAUCUCAGGAGUGAAACCGAAAAAGAUAUCAGUUUCGGUCAUUUCAUCAAUCUCUGAGGUCUCAUCCACUGAGUGGGAUGCAUGCGCUCUCGAUGUUACAGGCCCUGAAAAAUUUAAUCCAUUUCUUACUCAUGCUUUUCUUUCAAGCUUGGAAGAGUCUGCAUCCGCCGUCAGGGAAACCGGAUGGACUCCACGCCAUGUCAUUGCUAAGGAUGAAAGUGAAAGUAUUGUAGGUGUUGUUCCACUCUAUCUUAAAAGUCAUUCCUAUGGUGAAUUUGUUUUUGAUCAUUCUUGGGCUGAUGCAUAUUAUAGUUUUGGGGGGAGGUAUUAUCCAAAAUUGCAGUCUUGUGUACCUUUUACUCCAGUAACUGGCCCCAGGAUUUUAAUUCGUAAUACGUCAUUCAAAGAUCAAGUUUUUGACAUCAUAGUAUCCGCUUUGAAGGAGCUGACUGCCAAGUACCGGCUCUCAUCACUGCACAUUACCUUCCCAUCUGAAACGGAGUGGAACAAACUGAGUGAAAGAGGUUUUCUUCAGAGAACUGGAAUGCAGUACCAUUGGAAAAACCACAACUACAAAAAUUUUGACGAGUUCUUGAUGGACAUGAAGCAAAGUAAAAGGAAAAAUAUCCGUCAAGAGCGCAAAAAGAUUGUGCAGCAGAAUUUGACUAUGAAACGGCUGCGGGGUAAUGAAAUAAAGGCUAGGCACUGGGAUUCGUUCUAUAACUUCUACCGGAACACCACUGAUAACAAGUGGGGUACUCCAUACCUGACCAGGGAGUUUUUUCACCAAAUGGGCGAAAAGAUGGGAGACCAGGUACUACUUGUUGUUGCUGAAGAAGGGGAUGAGCUAGUUGCUGGAGCUCUGAAUUUUAUAGGAGGAGAUACGUUAUUUGGACGCCUAUGGGGAAGUCAUCCAAGAGCUUACUAUCCAAGUUUGCAUUUUGAAGCAUGCUAUUACCAGGCAAUAGAAGCUGCAAUCGAACUUAAUCUAAACACAGUAGAGGCAGGAGCUCAGGGCGAACAUAAGAUUCAGAGAGGUUAUCUGCCUGUGACAACAUAUAGCUGUCAUUACCUGAUGGACGAAGGUUUCAGGAAGGCCAUAGAGAACUUUGUAGGGCGUGAAUCAACUCAGGUUGAGCUCGUCAUGAAACUAGUACAUGAUUCUGGUCCUUUCAAGGAAGGUAUACAAUAAUUUAUUGGCAGAAUGCCCUUCUAGACUACGAGUAGAAGCAGAUUGAUUUUUUGUAAAUUGUGGAUGUCAUAUUUUUUCCUUUUUGUAAAUUAAACCUGUGAAGUUUUACUUGAAAAGUAUGUACAUAAUUACAAUUACAUAGUAAACUUUAUAGCAGAAAAUUUCAUGUAUAA